GGUGAUUUUGCGCCGUCCAGUGGACAAACCGAGAACUACAACAAAACAUUAGAAAACAAACAUGGCGGCGGCUACGACGAGACUCGUCUCAAGGUUGACUCUGGUCACUGGGGGAGGCAGUGGGAUUGGACGGGCCGUGUGCCAGCGUUUGGCCUCUGAGGGCGCCUCCGUGGUGGUCGCUGACAUCAGUGAGGAGUCAGCCAACGAGACACUGAGGAGCCUGCAGAGUGACCUCAGGGGACAGGGUCACAUGGUGGCGGCAGUGGAUGUCUCGUCAAAAGAAAGCAUAACGAGGCUGGUCACAAGUAUACAGACUCAUUACUUCCAGCCUCCCUCGGUGUGUGUGAACGCAGCAGGCAUCACCCAGGACGACUUCCUGCUCAGCAUGACGGAGGAACAGUUUGACAGAGUCAUCCAGGUCAACCUGAAGGGCUCGUUCUUGGUCACACAGGCUGUCGCUCAGGCUCUGGUGGCCUGUGGAGCACCCAAAGGAUCCAUCAUUACUGUGGGCAGCAUCGUGGGAAAGGUGGGAAACAUGGGGCAGGCGAAUUAUGCCGCCUCAAAAGCUGGAGUGGAGGGUUUAACCAGAACUGCUGCCAAAGAGCUCAGCAGGUUUGGGAUUCGGUGUAACUGCGUCCUGCCAGGAUUCAUAUCGACUCCGAUGACGGAUAAAGUACCAGAGAAAGUUAUUACCAAGAUGAAAGCCUUGGUGCCUAUGGGAAGGAUGGGCGAACCUGCAGAGGUCGCCGAUGUCUGUGCCUUUCUAGCCUCGGAUGAUUCUCGAUACAUCACGGGAGCCAGCAUCGAGGUGACAGGUGGACUUUUCAUCGGCUAAAACAAGUGCCUGUCACACUGAUGAAGACCAAUGGGAGGCGAGUCCCUUCAUAGUUAAUUUAAUUGUUAAAGGGGUCCUUGUUUUAGUGGCUCUUUAAUCACUGUUUGUGUUUUAUAAAUCUGGAUGUGAACAUGUACUGUACAGUGUAAAGAAACUAUUUGUGCCAAUAAAUUACUUCUGUUUGUGA